ACGAAAUAUAAUAAUUUUUGACAUAGAUCUUUUGAAUGUUGGCGACCCCGCAAAUCCGUCAAAUGUGACAUGUGACAUUAUUCAAGGCGAAUUCAUAAAAUCCGUACUUUUCGUUUUCCUUUUCCUUGUGGCAUGGUGACGCUGUGAGGAGUCAAAAUGCAGAUCUUCGUCAAAACUCUUACAGGGAAGACCAUCACCCUUGAGGUGGAACCUUCCGAUACUAUCGAAAAUGUCAAGGCUAAGAUCCAAGACAAAGAGGGAAUCCCGCCAGAUCAGCAAAGAUUGAUCUUUGCUGGAAAGCAGUUGGAAGAUGGCAGGACAUUGUCUGACUACAACAUUCAGAAGGAGUCCACAUUGCAUUUGGUGUUGAGACUGAGGGGUGGUGCCAAGAAACGCAAGAAGAAGAAUUACUCUACACCCAAGAAGAUCAAGCACAAGAAGAAGAAGGUCAAACUAGCUGUACUUAGGUACUACAAGGUGGAUGAGAACGGCAAGAUCCACAGACUGCGACGGGAGUGCACAGGAGAGCAAUGUGGUGCUGGAGUAUUCAUGGCAGUGAUGGAAGACAGACAUUACUGCGGCAAAUGCCACAGCACUAUGGUGUUCAAGGAUGAUGACAAAUGAAUGUUCCCCUAAUUAUAAGUAAAGACUCAGACUUUCUGUGUAUGAUGGAUUUUGAAAUAAAUCUUGACACAGUGUCAGAGUA